UUCAGAACAUAUAGUCAACAUUUAAAAUCAACCAUUUAAAAAAAUUAUCCUUCAAUUUUACAAAUAUUUUAUUAUAAUUUCAGUAAUAAAGUCAAAAUUAAAAUUAAUAAUUCUUGACCAGUUGCAAUAAUGUUACUGUUGCAAUUAUUUGUUAUUGGUUGGUCUCUCCAAACCAUUGCAACUCAAACAGCAGAAACAGGUCCUUGUCCACAUGUCAAAGUAGUUCAGAAUUUUAACGUAGAAAAAUUUAUGGGAUUGUGGUUUGAAUUAAGUAGAAGUUUACCUAAUACUUAUGAGCCUGGUACCGAAUGUGUCACUUAUAAUUAUACUGUAGAUUCUUAUGACUUUAUCAGGAUUGUAGCAAGACAGUUUUCAUCUGAAACUAGAAUAGAAUCUCAGUACAUAGGCAAUGCCACAAUAGAUGUUGAAAGUUGUGCACACAUGAAACCCUGUGGAAAGAUGAAAGUAGCUUAUUUGAGACCAGAUGGAACAACAAUCAUAGGACCGUUAUGGGUUCUUGCUAUUGACUAUAACAGUUUUGCUGUACUUUGGAGUUGUACUGAACAUAAUAAUGGAUUGGCACAUUCAAGGAGAGCUUGGGUAAUUUCAAAGAUGCCACAUCCACCAGAUUCUUAUAUUGAAGGUGCACAGAAUGUAUUAGCAGCUGACAAUAUCACUGAUAUUGAGUUUGAACGGACUCCACAGCAUACAUUUUGUUCUGAAUACUAUCGUAAUAUGCAAGAAUAAUAACUACAAAACUUUUUUAUUCAAUUAAUAUCUAUUUUUGAUAAUUGCAUAAAGUUAUUCCAAAUUUUAAUGUAUUGGAAUAUUUUGUUUUAUUUAUAAUACAAUGAUUUU